GCCCUGCCUCCGUCGAGGGCCCAGCCUACUUCCUGGUUAUCCGCACGGCGUCACUGUUAAAGCGAGGAGGAGGUUUGUUGUUGGUAAUCUGCAGCCGUGAUUCAGCCCUUUAGCCGAAGAAAAAUGGGAAGCACGGUGAUGGAGUCUGGCAAGGGAAGCUCCAAGAAGCUGCCCAAGAGGAGAAGAAGUCUGCGUAUUAACAUACCGGACUUUGCGGCAUUUACUUCUCCCCAAGUGGAAACGAGUUGCUCAACUAAAAGCCCAAAGACGGGAGAACGUUACAUACGCUCUGCCAGCCCUGCCAGGGGAGAGCCUGCUGUGAGGAACGUGCCGCCAUGUCCGCAGUCAGCGCCGGUGCAGUCCAAGUCCAGCUUGGGUUCUCCAAGAAACAUCUUUCCUUAUCCCUGCUAUCAGGACUCCCCACCCAAAUCCCCCCGCCGCCUCAGCUUCAGUGGCAUCUUCCGCUCUUCAUCCAGCACCAGCCCUGCAAGCAUCAAAAUAUUCUCCAGGGCCCGCAGAACCUCUGGACUUGCCACACCACCCACCACGCCAACACAGGCACCCAGCCAGCCUGUGUUCACCCAGGAAGCCCCACAGAGCGUCCCGAGCCCGGAACGCCUCCUGGGGGAUCGUUUCCGCUCCCGGUCUGUGUCCACUCCUCUAGACACAGGACAGCGCCUCGGCCUUCCCACGGCGAAACCCCUGAAACUUUCUUCAAGCCCUGUGCCGCAAUACUCUACCUCACAACAAGUGUCCGGUUUAUUCGAAGGUAUGCUGGAGAAACUUGACCUAGACGACGAUGCUGCUGAACCUGAGAGUGAUAUUUACAUGCGCUUUAUGAAAUCCCACAAGUGCUAUGACAUCGUCCCAACAAGCUCCAAACUGGUCGUGUUCGACACAGCUCUCCAAGUCAAGAAGGCAUUUUUUGCUUUGGUCGCCAAUGGCGUACGAGCAGCUCCACUGUGGGACACAGAGAAGCAAAGCUUUGUGGGGAUGCUGACAAUCACAGACUUCAUCAUCAUCCUCCACAGAUACUACAAGUCGCCAUUGGUGCAAAUAUAUGAGCUGGAAGAACAUAAGCUGGAGACGUGGAGAGAGGUUUAUCUUCAAGCAACUUUCAAGCCUCUCGUCAACAUAUCGCCUGAUGCAAGCUUAUUCGAUGCAGUGUACACUCUCAUCAAAAACAAAAUUCACCGCCUGCCGGUCAUCGACCCUGUCACAGGGAACGCACUUUAUAUCCUUACGCACAAGAGGAUCCUCAAGUUCCUCCAGCUUUUUAUGUGUGAGAUGCCAAAGCCAGCCUUCAUGAAGCAGACGCUCGGGGAGUUGGGCAUCGGCACGUACCAGGACAUCGCCUUCAUCCACCCCAACACGCCCAUCAUCAAAGCCCUCAACAUCUUUGUGGAGAGGAGGGUGUCUGCCUUGCCUGUGGUGGACGAGUCAGGCAAGGUUGUGGACAUCUACUCCAAGUUUGACGUCAUUAACCUGGCAGCUGAGAAGACGUACAACAACCUGGACAUUACAGUGACUCAGGCCCUCAAACAUCGCUCACAGUACUUUGAAGGAGUCAUGAAGUGCCAUAAGAUGGAAACAAUGGAGACCAUUGUUGACAGAAUUGUUAAAGCUGAAGUGCAUCGGUUGGUGGUUGUGGACGAGCGCUCCAGCAUCGAGGGCAUCGUUUCCCUGUCGGACAUCCUCCAGUCCCUGGUGCUCAGUCCAGCAGAUGGCUGCAAGGAGGAGAACCUGAGCGAGUGAGAGGAACUGAAGAGGAGACGCGGUGAGCUAAACGGAUGUAGAAACCAAAGAGUGUGCAUUGAGGUCUGUGGUUCUUGAAUGUAUGUGCUGAACUCUAAUCGGACCGCUGCAUUCGGAAUGCUGUACAUAUAUACAUUAUUAUAAAACACUAUUCUAGUCGCCUUGCCAGGGAAAGGUGGACCAGAUGAGUUCGGAAAAAUACUCCCAUUUUGUUGGCAGUUGAUGGUAGUUUUUAAAGUUAUUAAAAUGUUCAAUUCCACACAGUUUAUUUCCAGAGAAUGUUAGUGUUCCAGGAAUGUGUCAGAAAAGUCCACAAAGUUGGAGAUAAACGCUUUUCACAAGUCGCCUUUGGAUGCAUUUUUUUUUUAAUAAUCCGUAAAGAAAAAACAUGGCUGCUGCUGAACACGACUCAUCUCCCUGUUUUGACUGUAAAUAGAAUUAUUUUUGUUUCACAGAAAGCUUUAUUUUUUAUGCCGUGUGUUCAAAGAGAUUGCAGUUUUAUGGGUUAUUUUUGUAAAUAUGCUGCUGGAUCCAUAUGUACUGUAAAUGUGCAAAGCAUGACAAACACUUUACAGCGGUAUGAAUGUUCUUUGCUUUUUGAUUCUUUUUGUUUUAUUUUUCUGCCUGCAGAAAAAUAAAAGACACUGAUUGUACGGUA